AUGACUGUAGGAAGCUGUGUCAUCCACGUCUUUAAUGCUGAAGGAGAAUUAAAUGUGGGAGGGUUUCAGCUGAAACUGAGAGCUGGCUUGCUGGAAGACGGACCCUCACCUCUUACCCCGUCUUUGCUGAAUCACCAUACAGUUAUUCCUUGCUGUACUCUCCUUAUUCGACUCUUACCACAUGCUCAGGUUCCAGUGCCUCCCCCAAAUUACUUGGCAGGAUACUAUUUCACUGACGGAGCAAAACCCAACAGUUCAGAGCUGCAGAUCAUCUCAAGCUUUCAGAAGGACAGCGGCUUCCCAAACCUUGUGCUGGACAUGGCACUGCAGUUAAUGAACAAGGAGCAAAGCAGAGUUCUGCCCGAUCAGCUGAAAGCCUGGUGUGUAGAAAAGUUAAGCAAGGGAGGACGUUUGUCACCGCAGCAUCCUCUGAAGUGCAUCGACAUACAUCGUGCGGUCCGUUAUCGGCAGGAAGCUGGAGUCCGUGUCCGAAUCAAGCAAGCGUUUGGGCUUAAAGCUGAUGGUUGCUAUGUGAAUGCACUGGCCAGAAUCCUUAAGGGGGCUGCAAGCAUGCAAUUGCCUGAGCUGCCUCAACGCUGGGGAGGAGAAGAAACAUUCCUAGUGCAACAACUUGAUUUUUCAAGCCUGCAGAGAUCGCCCAAGUGGAUUGAUCCAUCCGUGGUUUUGCACCCUUAUCUUGAUGAUCACAGCGUUCUGCUAGUCCAGAUAUAUGGCUUGGAUGCUGUUUACACCCCAGAUCCGAGUGGACAAAGAGCGGGCACAGUAGCACCACGUUCUGGCCAGGCCAUCGAGCUCAACAAACAAUCCCAGCUGGGGUGGACGGUUCUUCCGCUCUUCGACAGGAAAGCAAAGAGGCAUUGCCAGAAUUCAAGGACACAUUCUAGCCAGGCAAAAACACUUGAGGGUGUGAAGGAGGGCGAGUGA